UCAAACCCAUUAAGAAAUCUCUUCUUCAUAAUUUUUAUUCUUUUUGCUUUCUUAAACUCUUAAAACAUUUUCCAUUUUGUCACCUCUUUUUUUCUCCUCUUUCCUUCAGAUCUUCUCAACUGUCUGUAUAUCCAAAUUACAAUGGCUCUUCUAACUAAUAAACAAGUUUUCUCUUCGUCUUUCAACCAACGAUCUAAAUAUGAUGUGUUCUUGAGUUUCAGAGGAGAAGAUACCCGCAAUGGUUUUACUAGCAAUUUGAAUGGUAUUUUGCAUCAUAAUGGUAUUAACACUUUCAUGGACGAUGAGCUCCAAAGAGGAGAGAAAAUUUCCAUUGAACUUUUCGAAGCUAUUGAAAGUUCAAAGAUUUCGAUAAUUGUAUUCUCUAAAAAUUAUGCAACUUCCACUUGGUGUUUGGAUGAACUUGUCAAAAUUCUUGAGUGUAAAAAGAAUGGUCAAGUGGUGUUUCCUGUCUUUUACAAGAUAGAUCCAUCAGAAGUACGUAGCCAAAAGGGAAAGUUUGGAGAAGCAUUGGCAAAACAUGAAGCAAAUUUCAUGUAUGACACGAACAAGGUGCAAAGAUGGAGGGCCGCUCUAAUUGAAGUUGGCAAUUUAUCUGGUUGGCAUUACAAAAAUGACCUCCCUCAAUUUACGUUUAUCCAAGAAAUUUUUGAAGAGAUCUCAAGUGCUAAAUUAAAUUGUUCGCAAGUAUUUGUUGUUAAAUACCCAGUUGGAAUAGACACUCGCGUAGAGGAAAUAAGUUGGUGCUUAGAUAUUAAGUCAAAUGAUGUUCGCAUGUUAGUGAUCCAUGGUCUUCCUGGAAUAGGAAAGACAACAAUUGCAAAAGCUAUUUUUAACUUAAUUGCAUGUCAUUUUGAAGGAAGUUGCUUUCUAGAGGAUGUUAGAGAAAGCUCAAAAACAAAUGAUGGUGUACUCCAACUACAAGAGGCACUUUAUUAUGAGAUCUUAGGGGGUAGAAAUUUGAAAGUACAUGGUGUAUCUAAAAGAAUCAAUGUGGUAAUGGAAAAGCUUUGCCACAAAAAAAUUCUUUUAAUUCUAGAUGAUGUGGACAAAUUAGUCCAAGUAGAAAAUUUGCUUGGAAAAUGCAAUUGGUUUGCUUCUGGAAGUAGAAUUAUUAUCACAACAAAAGAGAAAAAGUUGCUAUCCACCCUACAAGAAGAUUGUCAUUUAAUUUACUAUAAGGUUAAGGAAUUAGAUGAGCAUGAAUCUCAUGAACUCUUUUGUCAACAUGCAUUCAAAAGAAACAAGCCUACAGAAGAUUAUUUGGAGCUCGUACACCAAUUUAUAGGUUAUGCCAAAGGACUUCCACUAGUUCUAAAAAUAAUAGGUGAUGAUUUAUAUGACAAAAAUUUACAAUGCUGGAAAAGUGCAUUAGAUAAGUACAAAAGAAUUCCUAAAUCGGAUAUUCAAGAAGUACUUAAAAUAAGCUACGAUGGACUGGACCAAAUUCAACGGGAUAUUUUCCUUGAUAUUGCAUGUUUUCUUAAAGGAUUCUAUAAGAAUUUGGUUGUAGAUAUGUUACAAAGUAGCAAUUUUCAUGACCCAUACUAUGAUAUUGAAAAACUUAUCGAUAAAUCUCUCAUAGUUGUUGCAAAAGAUGACAAAUUAUUGAUGCAUGACUUGAUACAACAAAUGGGUUUGGAAAUAGCUCGACAAGAAUCGGAAGUGUCAAAAAAACAUAAAAGGCUAUUGUGUUAUGAGGAUGCUCAUGAAGUACUAAAUAGAGAUACGGGAUUAGAUGAAAUUCGAGGCAUAACAUUGUCCUUGCCACAACCAAGAAAGAUGCAAUUGAAUCUUGGAAAGAUGAAAAAUCUCAAAUAUUUAACAAUUCGUAAUGUAAUUUGUGAAGACCUUAAAUCUUUUCCCAAUGGGUUAAGGUUACUUGAUUGGAAUGAAUUUCCUUUAUCAUCCUUGCCGUCCACCUUUGAACCUACAAAGCUCGUUGUACUUAACAUGCAAGGGAGCCACAUUGAAUUGGACAAGCAUUUCGAGAGGUGUCGAUUCGAAACAUUGAAAUAUAUAGAUUUUGCAUAUUGUAAAAAUAUUACAAAAGUACCCGAUUUAUCAGUGAUUGCCCCAAACAUAAAGAAGUUGGAGCUUUAUAGAUGCAAGAAUUUACUCAAGGUUCAUCAGUCCGUUGGACUUCUUGAAAAUCUUGAAUUCUGGGAUCUCAAUGAAUGCCGAAAUCUUAGAAUUUUACCGAGAAAGCUCCAAUUGAAAUCUCUUAAAUACUUUUAUCUCUUUGGCUCUGAAAGUCUUGAGCAAGGAACAAAAAGAUUAGCGUUGCUUUCAUCAAUAGGAUUUCUCACUGGCCUUCGUGAGUUAGCAAUAAGUUUAAAAAAUGUAAAAGAUGUUCCUAGUAACAUCUCUGAUUUACAAAAUCUUAGGAGGCUCUAUAUGUAUGAUUGUGAAGAAUUUCCAAAAGUCAUGGAUACCCCUGGCUGCUUCCCCAAUUUAGAAUGUCUCAUUAUCCUUUACAGCAAUGUUACUACCCUCCCUGAAAUCGCUAUCUUAUUUCCCCAAUUAAAGAUUCUAGGGCUUAAUUGUUUCUGGAACCUUUUGAAAAUUCCAAGACUUCCACAUUGUAUACAUGUUGUAAAUGCAAUAGGGUGUGAUUCGUUGAAUUCACAAUCAAAAAGAAGAUUAUUGAAUCAGUUUGGAGAAUCUAUAGGGCUUCAACAAAAUUUCGUAUGUGCAAAGGGAAUACGGCGUCAGGAUUUUGAUUGUGAAACAAACUUUGAAUCAGAAUCAAAAUUUGAUUUCGAUGAAGCUACAUCUGAAAUGGACUCUUCAUUUGAAACGAACUCAAAUCUUGAAGAGAACAAUGAAUUUGUAUCAGAAUUUGAACUUGAUGAAGCUACAUCUGAAACAGACUCAACAAGGAAACUUUAUGAUUAUUAUUCACUUACACUUCCAGGAAGUAAGAUUCCAAAGUGGUGGUUCAACCAUCAAAGUGUUGGAAGUUCCGUAUCAUUCUCGGUCGGCCGGAAACUUCCAUCAUUUGCUUUCUGUGUUGCUCUAAAAGUUGAACUUGAUGUGCCAUUUGAAUUCGAAUUUGAUAAGUUUACCGGUUUUAUCUACAUGUACAUCAAUGGUUUUGAAAGAUGUCUUAUGGAUGCUAAAUUUUUGUUAAAUCCAUCAUCUUUUAUAUGGUUCCACUAUAGAAGAGAUAGGUCUUUGGAAGACAUAAUUCUAGGGGAUUGGAAUGACAUUGAGAUUCUAUUUAAAUGUUCAAAUUAUGAUCCUAAAAUAGCAAAAAUUACAAUAGAAAGGUGUGGAGUCCAUGAGACGAUUCUCUUUUACAUCUAUUUCAAACCUGUCCCUAUGCCAAAGGAGUAUGGUAUGGUGGUGGAUGGGGUUUUCGAGUCGAAAUGA